GGGCGGAAUAGGGUGGUCAGCGGGUCAGCCCGAGCCGCGUGACCUGGGGGCGUGGACCCCGAAUGCGCCGAGAAACCGCUACCUGAGCUCUGAUUUUCUUUCACCCCGGUCUCCUCUUGGUUCUCAAAACCCGCACAUCCAGGGAGAGGGAACUGGAGAUAGGAGCUUGGGCCCCGAGGUUGGGCCGUCGCCCUAUGCAGCGACGAAUCGCGUGAACCUGAGGCCGUUCGGUGACCCCCAGCCGCCUGCGGACCCUUCCGUCUCGUCAUGGCGAGAUUCUGGGUCGGCCUGGCCGGCGCCGGCUUCUUUCUUGCGUUACUGGUUUUGCAUUCGCGGUUUUGUGGCUCCCCGGUUUUAAGAAAAUUUGCUUUUCAAGUUUCUUGGAGAACCAAGGAAAUUCUAUACCGGCUGGAUGUGGAUUGGCCUAAUCAUCCUGAAUACUUCACUGGAGCGACAUUUAGUGUUGCAAUUGACUCCCUCAGCGGAUUGGUUUACGUAGCCCAGAGAGGGGAUAACAUCCCAAAGGUAUUAGUGUUCACAGAGGAUGGAUAUUUCCUACGAUCCUGGAAUUAUACAGUUGACAAACCUCACGGUAUAUUUGCAGCCAGUACACUACAUGAACAAUCUGUCUGGAUCACGGAUGUAGGAAGUGGAUCCUAUGGUCAUACUAUUAAAAAGUACAAUUCCUUUGGUGAUCUUGUUCAAGUCUUGGGCACCCCAGGCAAAAAAGGCACUAGUUUGAAUCCCCUGCAAUUUGAUAACCCCGCAGAAUUAUAUGUAGACGACACGGGAGAUAUUUACAUUGUGGAUGGAGAUGGAGGAUUGAAUAACAGAUUGAUCAAAUUGUCCCAAGAUUUUAUGAUGCUUUGGCUGCGUGGAGAACGGGGGACGGGGCCUGCCCAGUUCAACAUACCUCACAGUGUUACAGUUGAUUCAGCUGGUCGGGUAUGGGUUGCUGACCGAGGAAAUAAAAGAAUUCAAGUAUUUGAUAAAGACACCGGGGAGUGGUUAGGAGCGUGGAAUAAUUGUUUCACAGAAGAGGGACCUUCUUCUGUCAGAUUUUCCCCUGACGGGAAGUACGUGAUCACAGCCCAGCUGAAUCUCAGCAGGGUCUUGCUGGCGGCCGCACCCCCGGUGGGAAGCAUUGGCAACUGUUCUGUGGUCAGCACGAUCCAACUAGCAGAUGAGGUUUUACCUCAUCUCUUAGAUGUCAGUGCGCAGACUGGUGCAAUCUACGUAGCAGAAAUUGGAGCAAAGCAAGUGCAAAAAUAUGUCCCAAUGGAGAGCUAUUUUCCUUCAUUCACACAUUCGUAAUGUUUCUUUUCCUGGAGAUCUUUCAAGUGGAAGUUCAGAGUCUCAAAUUCAUUGUCACGUUCUUACAAAUUAUGUUUAAACACAAGAAUUUGUUUCUUUGUUUUUCCAUGAUCUAGUGAUGGGAAGAAUUUGUUUUUAUGUCAUUCAGAGCCAUAUGUUUUGUUGCUGUUCUCAUGACUUACUUUUACCUGUAAGUGCAUAAGGCUAUUUUAAUGAAGGAAAUGUAACUGGGGUCUGAAAGAGGGACUAAGAUUGUAACGUAGGUAUUUGCCCGGGCAGGCCCAAUCCUCUCCGGGAGCAAGACGGAAGGGAAUAAAAGUGGGUUUUGCAGGCUGUAUUGAAUUUCAUGUGAAGGACUAUGAACCUCCAGUUUGUUCACCUCGUAUAAAAUCUACAUUUUGAGAGAUUAAGUCAGAUUGAUGGGUACCCACAGGAUGCUAGCGCCUAAAGAUUCAGAAAUGAAGAAUCAGGACUUCCCUUUGUGAGCCUUUUCAGUAGCAUAUAGUCCAGUGGAGAUCAAGUGUGCAAACUGAUAGAACACAGUGACAGCAGACCUCAAGUGUGUCAUGUGGGAACAUUACAUCUGACUGGGGGAAUCCUGGAGAUUUUGCAGGGAAAAUCAAUUUGAGCUCCUAACUUGAGAAACCAAAGAGCGGAAAACAAGGUGGUCCAAAUGGACAAGUUGUAAAAAGUUACAGACUUGCUGCGAAGUUUGAUAGGCUUGCUUUUAAAAGCCCAGCUUGCCUGGGUCCUUGAGCUAUAAGAUACUUAAUUUCAGCCUCUAAAUGUAGAAACAAAACCGCAGGCAUUUAAGCACUUUCCUGAAAGGGAUCUUUAAAAAUAAAAACUGGAAUGAUUUUAUUAAAGGUAGAAUUAAAAAUAGGGCCCUUCGUUCCUCUUUUGCUUCCUCCCUCCUUCCUCCCCUCCCUUCCUUGUCUUCCUUUUUUAAAACAUGAACUCAGUUCAUUCCUAACAUUUGUCUACCUCAGAGAAGUUUUAGAAUUAUAUACAUGGGGAUAUGUACUGAACACUUGAACUAUUAAGGUGAAUAAUUUCUUACCUUUCUAUUUCUGUGCCUUUCUACUCUUUGGUCUGAAUACUGGCUUCCCAGGAAAGACCGUCUUUUCAGUUCUGGUGUAUUCUAGGCUUUGGCGGAGCCUUGCCAUAUGAUCUUUCAGGUCAUUCCUCCCCUUUGUCUUCUAUUCACCUCCCUCUUUAUUCUUAGACUCGCACUGUAACCCAUGCAGCAUGUGAGAAAGCGUGAGCGGACUCUCCUCAUCCCCCAUUAUAGCGGCUGUCUGUUUUCCAGACCUCAAGGGAAUCACGCUGUUUUGAUGCUCCGAUCAUAUCUUCACACAAUUAGAAAGUGAAAUCUACCAACAGGAAACUGUCUUGUGUUCCAAGGCCUUUGAUUAAGUGUGUUUGUGCCACUGAUCAUGCUGUAUGAUCUUAAGUGAGUCUUUUUAGUGUUUCUCCUUGUAAAAUGAGAGCAUUGCUGUCCUUCCUCCUUCAGAAAUGCUGCGAGGAUCCGAUGUCCAGCAGAUACAGAUGUGCCCUUUGAAAUCUACAGCUCCGAGUGCUCACUUCGGCAGCACAUAUACUAAAAUUGAAAUCUACAGCUCCGAGUGCAUUCAAGGCAGAAAUUCUUUUU